AUGUUCCUGUUUCCGUCAUUCCCUGUCCUUCUCCUGUCUGUGGUGACAGCUUCCUGCUCCGAAACACAAGCCUGUGAGGAUAUCCAGAAGACCUGCUCCGUGAUUACCUGUGGCAUCCCCGUCACCAAUGGCACCCCAGGCAGAGAUGGGCGAGAUGGACCCAAGGGGGAAAAGGGAGAGCCAGGUCAAGGGCUCAGAGGUUUGCAGGGCCCUCCUGGGAAGAUGGGGCCCCCAGGAAACACAGGGGCUACUGGAAUUCCAGGACCAAGGGGCCAAAAAGGAGAUCGUGGGGACAAUUCAGUUGCUGAGGCUAAGCUGGCCAAAUUAGAGAGAGAGCUACAGAGCCUGAGAUCAGAACUGGACCACAUGAAGAAGCUGCAAGCCUUCUCCUUGGGGAAAAUGUCUGGGAAGAAGCUCUUUGUGACCAACGGUGAGCGGAUGCCUUUCUCCAAAGUGAAGACUCUGUGUGCUGGGCUCCAGGCCACAGUGGCUGCCCCCAAGAAUGCCGAGGAGAAUGAGGCCAUCCAGAAUGUGGCCAAAGACACUGCCUUCCUGGGCAUCACAGAUGAGGCAACUGAAGGCCAGUUCAUGUACGUGACGGGCGGGAGGCUGACUUACAGCAACUGGAAGAAGGAUGAGCCAAAUGACCACGGCUCAGGGGAGGACUGCGUAAUUCUCCUGAACAAUGGGCUCUGGAAUGACAUCUCCUGUGCAUCCUCCUUCAUCGCCGUCUGUGAGUUUCCUGCCUGAAGAGGCAUGUUCCUCGGCCCCCUCCUUGGCUCCCUGCUGAACUCUCUGCUGCUUUGGUAGAGAAUUCAAUGCUGGUUUUCUUCU